AAGGCCCGAGCAGAAUCGCGAAAACAUCAUCAGGUACGGCACCGGACCCCGGGGCGACGAACGACGGGCUGGCAGCGACUAUGAGGAACCGUCUUCCCAAGGGCCGCCAGUUCGUCAAACCUUCGGCUUGUUCAACUUUUUUCCUUCCUUCCUCCAAGGAAACCGUGGAGAUUCUGAGCGAAACAAAAUCUUUUGACAGGCUUCAGCACCGACGACCCCUGAGAAAGGGACGACUAUGGGGUCUACGUUUUCUCGCUGUACUCGAGUACACAUUCGCCCAGAUUCCCACUCGUCAAAAAAUAUUGAACACUGCUUCCGCCUCCAGCUUUGAACUCGCUUCGACACGGUCGAGCGUACCGGAGAGACUAAUACCACUUCUCCCGACCCCGCUCAUCGCAUUCGGCCCUCGAUCCCGCACUCGGCCUCCCACGUUUGUAUCUGGCUCCCAGUCUCCCCACCGCUCUUUACUUUCGAUCACUCAAACUUGGUCCCGUCCUCUCCUACCGCAUUCCGCCACCUGCCGCUUGCCAUUCAUACCCGGCCUUCUAGCCUUGAAACAAGUUUGCAGUCCGGUGAUAUUGGUUAAUAACCGAAUUCUCUCUUCAUUGCACGCUCGGCCACCAAAUGAAAAUGUAUCCGGCCGGGGGCCGGGAUGGCGAAGAUCGGGGGGGGUGCUCUGUGUGCCUUAUCUAUCUAGGUAAUAAAGCAUGUUACGUCAACAUAGCUAUUUGAUUUUGCUCCCUACAGUUAGCCUCUAACCCAGUUUCACUUCUCCCGUCACGAACACCAGGACCCACCGUCGGCCGCCUGAAACUCUGGAUAACACUCUCAACUCCUUUCUUCUCUUUCGUUCCCUCAUUCCCCACAGCCCACACCCAGCACUUCCUCAUCACUCAUUAGGAGGGUAGGAUGUCCCUGUUUCUAUAACGUGCCCGCAGGUGGCCUUUCGGGUUCCUUGCUAUGCUCACAAGAGCACCCCUUUCCCCUAGGUAGCCUACUUGUCUAUAAAGUAGUAGGGUUCGGCAACUACAGUGGAGCAGACCAUUGCUCCCCUGUUUCGUCCCUUACGGUUCAUCUCAUGAUUACCCCCUCCCCCGCCCCCCCUUCCCAAGGCUCUCUAGAGAUUGCUGCCCGUUUUAGAGACUGCUUGUUAGUCACAGCCCGCUACUUUUGCGCCCUCUUCUCCAGGACCCCCGAUCAUAUGAGUGAUUGUCCAAAAGGACUGGCUGGAGCAACAAUUCCACCCAAGUAUCACGAUAGCCUACCCCCCUCUUGCUCAGUCCACCGGACAUCUGGCCCUGGCACCGUCACCCCCCACCACCCCCUAAUGCCUUGGGUCCCACACAACCAAAUACCCUACUGUCCCAAGUAAAUCCCACGAUCCCCGAACUCCUUCCACACCAGGGCCUAACCUGCUAUCACGGGUUGCUCGCGUUGCCAGACCGAUUCUUUCAAUCCCCCCCGCUCAGAAUCGCGAGGGGCAACGCGUAGCGACACUCGACCCCACCCCUGUAUCUACACAUCUUGUUUUUGGGCUGCCGAGAGGGCUUUCUGAGGCGGACUUGGGAUGGUUCUUCCUGCAGCAGGGUGUAGUGCGGGAAGGUAAAGGAAAUAUCGCGAGGAGAAGCGCCUGGAGAGCGGUCCUAUAGUAUUGUAUGUUAGCAUAAAUAACCAAACAUAGCGACACCCCCAGCAUCGGAACCAAAUCAACUAAUGUUAUUUACUUAGUCCG